AUGGGUGGUAAAAGAGGAGCGGAAGUGGCCUAUGACAUCUAUGGAAAAACCGUGAGUGAAAGGAUGGCAUGCUCUCCACCCUCCACAAAUAGCGAGGAAAAUAUAAAUUUGUCUCAUCGGGCGCUUGAUGGGAAAUGGCGGUCUCUUCAUACGCAACAUGUUGUCGACGUUGAAGAAGAUAUUCCAGAGGACUGGACGAAAGUAGAGGAUGAUUUUGUUGGAGUAUACGCGGUCACCUUGUCACACAUCUCUAAUGAUGGGCCAUUCGCACCACAAGCUCGAAUGGACGACGACCGCAUCUACUUAACUUACAUACUACGGAAUGAUGUGUCGAAUAGGCUGGAUCUGCUCAAAUUUCUGACCUCAAUCGAAAGUCAGAAACAUCUCGAUCUGCCCUUUGUAAAG